CUUGCUGAUCCUCCGGGGAGUGACAUGAGGGAAAAUGAAUGAACCUCCUCUUCGUGUUUCUUCUCCGAACAAACCCACGUCUCCGCCUGUUGCUCCAUCAAGACUCCUGGAAAAUCCCCAGCUGCAGCGACACUAAACUCCGAGCUCCGACCGAAAUGUCCAAACCAGAUUACUCGGGUGUUUAUCAUAUGGUGGAGCAGAAGAAUAUGGACGAGUACCUCGCCGCUUUAGAUAUCAACAUCGCUCUGAGGAAGAUCGUGUGUCUGCUGAGGCCCAGCAAAGACAUCAGCCACGAUCCCGCCUCGGGAGCCAUGAAGAUCCGAACCCUCACCACCUUCCGGAACUUCGACAUGGACUUCACAAUCGGACAAGAGUUCACGGAAGACCUGGGCCCCGUGGACGGCCGCAAAUGUCAGACGACGGUGAGCUGGGACGGAGACAAGCUGGUGUGUGUACAGAGGGGCGAGAAAGAGGGGCGGGGGUGGACACACUGGCUGGACAAUGACCAUCUGCAUCUGGAGAUGAGAGUGCAGGGUGUUGUUGCCAAGCAAGUCUUCAAGAAGGCCAACUGACUUCAGCAGAGAAGGAGCUCAGUCAUUCCCAAACAUGUUAGAAUCACGCAUGUACGGCGACGUAAGAGUGUCAGCGAACGCACCACUGUGAGCAGCUGCGCGGCGUCUCCGCUGCCUACUAAACUCUUGCUGUCCAAACAGAAGGUUCCUGCUGUGUUAAUUCUAAUUCCAUCUUUAUCAAUGUCUCAGAAGGGAACUGCAUUGAUUCAUCAGCUACUCUUAAUAUAACUAGGAACACGUUUAUGUGAUAAAAUGUUUUUGUGUCUUAUUGUGCCAACUAUUCCAUAAUAAUCAAUUAUCGCCAAUAAAAGAAAAUGGAAAAUGUA